UUCGGACUUUUCCUUUCGAGCUAGUCGUCGAUUGCUCUAAGUUGGUGUGCUGCGAGGCUUGUGCUACUCUGCUUCGCUCUCUUGAAGCAGCGAACGUUAUCCUGCUACGUCUCGCGGUGUAGUAAGAGGAAGCAGCUUCUAAGAUCGUGGAACAGUCGUUCAAGUUCCAAUCGACGCUAGCUGUAAACCACUGUCGAACCGCAAAAUGGUCCCACCGCGGCUCCUGAGCGUGGCGUUGGGAAUCCUAUCCGUCGCGGCGUGUGCCGCAGCUAUUCGGAACACUCAAGCCCCUCUCCGCAUCGAUUGCGGGUCCGACAGUCCCACGUCAGCCAACGGCUUGGAAUGGCUUGGCGAUAAAUACUUCAGCGGCGGCGAUUCGCACACCAUCGCAUCCGCAAACACUUAUUCGAUCAACAACGUGGAAUCUACACUCCGCGCUUUCCCCGUCGCCUCUACCGGCUGCUACAACAUUCCCGUCGUUGAGGGCCGCUAUCUUGUGCGCGUGAGCUUCGCGUAUUACAACUACGACGACCGCAACAUGCCGCCGUAUUUCAGCGUGCUCGUGCAGAACACUGUAGUCGAGAGUGUAGACAUGACUGUCGUGCAGUCUAACUUCGUUAGCGGAGCAUACUACUCUGACUAUAUCGCGUACGCCCUGAACGGCAAGCUCUCCGUGUGCUUCCAGGCACAGCCCGGCUCGCCCGGCCCCGCUAUAGUGAACUCGUUAGAAGUCCUCCCGCAAGACACUGACGCGUACGACGCCGCGACGCUCGGUAACAAGGUCAUUCUCUCCACCUACGUUCGGCUCAACAUGGGCGGCGGCCAGGUCGGGCCCGAGCCUGCAGACCCGGGCUUCCGAACCUGGAUGGCGGACGUCCGGCCGGAGCAGGGUAACUUCUCCGUGGUUACAAAAGAGGCCGGCACCGCUCCGAUCGCCGGCACGGGAGUUGCUCCAGACUACCUCCCACCAGCAAUUUUGAAACUGCCCGUGCUGCCCUGACGCCCCUGGCGAACAAGACCGGCGCCGGGCAGCCUGCUGCGUCUCCGUCCCAGGCGACGGGUUUCAGAAUGACCGUGCUGCCCGUGGACCGGUCCAACAUGUGGUAUAUCCGAUUCUAUUUCGUGGAGCUCGAUCCCUCCGCUCAGCCCGGCGACCGCGUGUUCGAGAUUCUGCUGGGCAGCGGUAACGUCGUGAAGAGCAUUGGUAACCAGGCCGGCGGGUUCGACAUCCGCGCUAAGGUGGCCCCGUUAACGGCGCUGGUGGUGCCGGUAUUUUUCAACUACUCGCAGUACUCGUCGAAUUAUGGGGAAGAUUUGGAGGUGGGCGUGCGCACGGUGGGCGGCAGCCGGCUGCCCGCGGUGAUUAGCGGCGUGGAGCUGUUCGAAGUGAUUCCGCAGACCAGCACUGAGAGCUCAGGUCUCUCCGGGGUAGCAAUAGCGGCCAUAGUGAUCGGCUGUCUCUUCGUGGUGGUGCUCAUCGUCCUCGCUGUCGUGCUCAUCAUGCGCCGCCGCAGGGCAAGGGGGUCCGGGUUCAGCCAGAUAGUGGAGCAGUAGAUGAUACACUGAAUCUGGACUGGAGCUAUUCCCCCUGGCUACUGCCCCAUUGUGAAGGAGCAGGUAGUGGAGAGAAACAUCCUCUUAUACAUGUGUGCUUGCAUUGCACUUGCCUCAGCCAAUGCGGCCUCCAACCUCUCAAACUUAGUUGUCUUUAAGUAGGGAUGGUUACCAACCUCUAGUCCAAUGGAUAGCAUUUCCUUGCAGAUUUCUUUGUACCGUAAUCCCCCGUAUAAAACACCCGCCGGAAUUAAGCUCCCCCGGGUAGCUUGAGCGGGUAUGGGUGUUUAAUUUUUCUGGAUAUACACAACACCCUACU